CUGAUGAUACGACCUCCAUCGCUAUCAAAAGCUAACUGCUGCGGUGCGGAACAGAAGAUAAUUUGAUUUAUCUGAAAGAAUGACAGCAGCGGACAACGAAGUAUAUUAUUUUAAAGAAGCGAACAAAUUACUGGAAAUGCUUUCGCUUCCCAUAAUGCAUUGCGCACCGUAGCGACCUGCUUGUUUUGUGCAAAGAGGAAAACAGCUGUGGCUUUUCUGUGUUUUCAUCAUGCCUAAAAGCUGUUGUAUUGUUGGUUGUACGAACAAUAGCGCUAAAAGAGAAGACCUGUCGUUUUACAUGAUCCCGAGUGAGGCUACUGAGCCCGAAAGAAGAGAGAAAUGGCUCCAGGUGAUCGGCAGACGAGCUAAUCCAGGUAGCACGGAGCUGUGGCGGCCAAAGUCCGAUUAUCACUACGUCUGCUCCUCACAUUUCACAGGAAAGAAAAACAACAGUCCAGCUCAUCCAGACUAUGUACCCUCCAUUUUCCCACAAAUAGCAGUCGGGGAUUCAAAUGGGAACCAGCACAAUCAUUUCAAGAGGGCACAGAAAAGAAAAAUUUCAGUUCAGACCAGUGCUACAGUGUCAACAAAUCGGGCCAACACCAAGAGACGGCAGGGGUCUGGAGAUACGACCACCAAAUCAGAAGAGUCGCCCUCACGUGACUCCUCACUGCCUCGUGUGCAUGUGGAAACAGAUGUGCAGCAGCUGUUUGUGAGGGAAGAUGCAAUUCUCCCUGAGGAGCAGGAAUGGAGUCACAUUCUGCAUGAGAAUGAUUUGAAUCCCCCAAAUAUUAAAGAGGAACAGGAACAAGUCUGGAUAAGUCAGGAAGGAGAACUGCGUCAUCAGCUUGAGGACAAUGAUAUCACAUUCCCUUUCACGGAUGUUCCUGUGAAGCGUGAAAAUAAUGAAGAGGAUUCACACUUAUCACAUUACCAAAGCCAAACUAAUAAGAAUACAUUAGAGCCUAUAGUCAAGAGCCCAACUGAAGAUGUGAAAAUAGAAGCUGAUGGAGACACCUAUGGUGGAUCAGAGUUAUCCAGUAACUGUGACCCAUAUUGUCACUUAGAAGUACAGACCAAUAACAAGACUUUAGACUGUUCUGACACUGAGACUGAUGAUAGUUGGGAUUGGAAAGAGACUGGGGAUCAGCCUGGUUUCAACAAGAAACAACUUAGUUGCUGUAAAUGUGGAAAAGCGUUUGGUCGUAUGAAUAAUUUGAGGGUGCAUGUGAGAAUUCAUAGCGGAGAGAAACCAUUUAGCUGCACUGAAUGCAGUAAAAGAUUUGUGCAAAAGGGUGCUUUGAAAAGGCACAUGAGAAGUCAUACAGGGGAGAAACCAUUUAGCUGCUGUGACUGUGGAAAAACAUUUGGUUUCAUGAAUUUGAGGGAACACAAGAGAAUCCAUUCAGGAGAGAAACCAUUUAACUGCACUGAAUGUGGCAAGCGAUUUAUGCAAAAGGGUAAUCUGAAAAACCACAUGAGGAUUCACAUUGGCUGCCCUGAGUGUGAUAAAAGAUUUGGGAGAAAAGGGGAUUUGAAAAGGCACAUGAGAAUUCAUACAGAAGAAACUCUUUCAUUGCUCUGAGUGUGGUAAAACAUUUGGGCAACAGGGUGCACUGAAAAGUCACAUGAGAAUUCACACAGGAGAGAAACAGUUUAGCUGCUCUGUGUGUUGUAAGAGAUUUGGACAAAAAGGUUCGCUGAAGCGGCACAUGAUAAUUCAUACAGGAGAAAAAUUAUUUAACUGCUGUUUAUGUGGUAAAAAGUUUGGAGAAAAGGGUGAGCGAGUUAGACACACAACCAUUCAUACAGGACAAAAAGAAUUUAGCUGCACGGUUUGUGGUAAAACAUUUGGCCAGAAGUCUCGCUUGACAAUCCACAUGAGAAUUCAUACAGAAGAUUGUAAAGUUAGCUGUUCAGAGUGUGGUAAAAGAUUUGGACAAUCAAGUGAUCUGAAAAGGCACAGAAGAGUUCAUAAAACAUAAUCCAGUUAGCUUUGAUAUAUAGAAGAGAAACAGUUCAAUGUUGGAUAGCACAUUGCCCUCAAAAUUAAUCUGUUUACACAUUAAAAUGAAUAUAAAAAUUAACUCUUGGGAGUGUAGUUGGACUUAAUAAUGAAAUGUCAAUUUCAGGUUUUGGUAAAACGGGCAAAGGUUUGCAUAAAUGUAUAUCUGCAACUGCACAGGAGUCAAUAAAUGGUGCUUGUUAAUUGUGGA